AUGUUUACAACUACAAAUCAGGAUUAUGGAAAAUUAUGGGUAUCUACCAAAGGCCAAGAUCCCAGAAAAACUACCACUCAGAUAAAAACUUAUCGAGAGAUCGCUGAAACUGAUUUGAUGCAAAAAACUGGCUUAAAGCUGCUUAAAGCAAAAGCUAUGAAAGAAAAAGAAAUUGAAGAUCUAGAAGUAGGUGAACCCAAUCCACAUGUGUAUGACCCAUGCGUGCCUCAACCUAAGAUCACCUCAUUGAAUGUAAAAGCAGAAGAAAUGAGAUACCCAGAAAUAGGUAUUAAUGUAGGGCAAAACCCGAAAUAUAUGACAAGAAAUAGUUAA